CGACGACGUUCAACAGUCUGUUAGUCGUCAAAUAGUCGACCGUCAGUUCUGUAGUCGUGUUCAUUUCAUUUUGCCACGUUUCUAUAACAAAAUUUGUUUUUUAAUUUUGGUUAUUAUUAGUUUUACCUACUCGUAGUAAAUUCACGGAAACACGAUGCAAUCCAGUUGGUUUCGGUUAUCCGUUUUCGCGAUAGUCGCAUACUUAGCCAUCUCAUGCAAUGCCGCCGACAAUAAAGUAGAAACAUUGCCUAAUGGCCUCAAAAUUGAAUACGUCUUUACGUUAGAUGGCUGUGAACCAAAAUCGAAGAACAAUGACAUGCUCACCAUGCAUUACACUGGAAAAUUAGUGGACGGAACCAAAUUCGAUUCUAGCCAUGACAGAGACCAACCAUUUACUUUCCAAUUGGGAGUAGGACAAGUAAUUAAGGGAUGGGACUUAGGAUUAACUAAGAUGUGUGUCGGCGAAAAGAGAAAGUUGACAAUUCCACCAGAAUUAGCAUACGGUGACCGUGGAGCAGGAAAUGUUAUUCCUGGAGGCGCCACUUUGAUCUUUGAUGUUGAACUUUUGAACGUUGGUGAUCAAGCACCCACAACCAAUGUGUUCAGAGAAAUCGAUCAAGACAAGGACAAACAACUCUCCAGGGAUGAAGUCAGCGAAUAUCUGAAAAAGCAAAUGGCAGCCGCCGAAGGAACAGAAGGCGGCGAAGACAUCAAACAAAUGAUGUCCGACCAUGAAAAAUUGGUAGAAGAAAUUUUCCAACACGAAGACAAAGACAAAAACGGGUUCAUAUCGCAUGACGAAUUCUCUGGACCAAAACACGAUGAACUAUAAUUUUAGGGACUAAUAAAAUAAUUAAAUUUAAACAUACUACGUUAGAAUAAUAUCAAAAUGAAAGUGCUCGUUCAAGGGAAGUAUUUCAAUAUUAUGAUUAAUGAUAUUGUUUUUUUUCCUUCAUACGAAAACAAGAAUAAAUUCCCAAUGGGCGUUUUCUCUUCUUACGAAUGUAUUUAUUUGUAUUCAUCAAACACGAUACUAUUAUUAGUAAAUAAGCGAUUUGAUAGUCGUAAUUGAUGGUUUAUUGUUAAAAGCCCAUACUUUUUUUUUAUUGGAAAUUUUUGUAAGAAGACUGUUGAAAUAAAAAUGUUUUUUGUAAA